CCGGGUGACGUCAUCUGGGAAGCCGUUGGUUUCCAUCCAGGGAUCAGCCUGCUGGACUCAUGUAGUCAUCUAGGAACUUGUCCCAUCGUUGAAACCUCUGUUUUUCUUCGACUUUUAAGACAACAGUCGUUUAAAGUCUCUACGCUUCCAAGCUUAAACUUCCGAGCGACACCAUGUCUUUCGUCCCAGGACAGCCGGUGACUGCUGUUGUGCAACGAAUUGAGAUCCAGAAGUUGCGGCAGGGAGAUAAUCUGAUCUUGGGCUUCAGUAUUGGAGGAGGGAUAGACCAGGACCCUGGGCAGAACCCCUUCUCUGAGGACAAGACUGACAAAGGCAUCUACGUGACCAGGAUAACACCAGGAGGACCGGCAGACGAGGCAGGCUUGAGGAUGGGCGACAAAAUAAUGCAGGUGAAUGGCUGGGACAUGACCAUGGUGACCCACGACCGGGCUCGUAAAAGACUGACAAAGAAGAAUGAGGGCGUAGUUCGGCUACUGGUAACCAGAAAGUCUUUGGAAGAAGCUGUCAAACAAUCUAUGGGUGGCUGCCCCAGACAGUAACAUAGUGGCACUAUUUACAACCACAAACUAAAUGCAAUAACUAAGGACUGAACACUCUCAUAUACUGAGACUCCCACAAAUUCAGAUGACGGUGGCCUUUAUAACUAAAUCAAUGUAUUAAAAUAUUAUGCAGACCACAUGAGAUUGUUUAAUAUGUAGUCUGCACAAGUCAAUUCUUACUCAUUCUGACCAAUCAUUGGACUGUGAGACGGUGCUCUUUCUCUCCACACACACUCAAACUCAUCUCAAGUUGCUUUUCAUACACCUUUGUAGCAUAUCCACCUUCUGACAUAUAUAGCAAGCCAGAACUUUAUCAGCUCUACAGUGCUCAAAUACAUUUAAUCUGAAUCUGUGCUGGAAUUGAAUGAAGAAUUCACUCUGAGAUUUCAGUAGUGGGUAUUUGGAGUCCACUUUUGGCCUCCAGUUGCUGUCGAUCAUUUCACAUAAAGAUGUUAAUCUUGCGAGUUUAAAGGACCCAAAAUGCCACACUCAGACAGAGAAGACAGGAGACCAAAACGAGUUAAUUGUUUUGAUGGAGACUAGCAGGAUAUACCAGAACUUGGAGACGGCUCGAGGAGGAGUAGGCCUGAUGAGUGUUGGAUCCUGUCCUUUCUGAGGACGCAGACAGACAGGGCAUGGAUGGAGACAGGUGAGGUCAGCCUCGCCCUGCAGUGAAACACACUCACGCCGGACAGACGAGGAAGAGAUGUACGGGAGACAGAGGGAGAAGGAAAACACAAGGAGGAAAAGGAGGGGAAACAUGAUCCAUUUUGACUGGAGUAAAAUCAACAUUUAAAAAUGUUGUUACGGAUUAUAAAGGGGAACAGUUUAUGCAGAUAUUCAGAAUAAUUGCUGUAGUUUUGAUUUUUGAAUAACAGCAGGCUGAAAUUGGUUUUUGGAAGAGUUUUCAUCGUGCUUGCAUAUCUCUCUCCAUCAUUUGUAAAUUGAGUACAACAUUCUUGAUUCAUUCCCACUGAGGAGAUUCAGUAUUUGCCAAAAAUCCUCGCUUGAUAAGAGUUCUUUGGGAGUUAUCGUAGUCUCUCCUCAUGCAAGCUUUAGGACAUCUUGGUCAAAAACAUGUUUGAUCCUUUUUGCCUGCAGCUGAGUUGGUCUUGAUGGUUUUGAUACAUCAAGAAUGUCCAUUGCUGUUGUAUCAUCAAUGAUCAGCGUUUCAUCUCAUCUCAAUAAAGAACAAUGGUCUGCUGUCGUCCUGCUGUUGUCAAGGUUACAGCAUCAAAUGCCAAAGUAAAAGCCAAGGCACUGUAAAGUGAUCAAAAUAUGAAAAGCAGUGUUUGUAAUUUUCUUUUUUUAAUGCACAACAAACCAUGUACCUGCAUGCUCAGUGUUUUAAUGCACACUAAUGUCUUUUCAUGAAUUAUCCUUUUACUGAUGCA